AUGUCUGAUCGCGCCUCCUCGGCAUCAUUUCGAGUAGGACCUCCAUCACCAUCGUCUCCCGCCGCAGGAGCUCUCAAACAGAACCAGUUGCCAGCUCCCUUGUCCGAUCGAAUUCCACAGACUCCGACAUCACCUCCGUUGAUGUCGGUAAGCGCCCAGAACUAUGCCACCAACUUUGUAUCCUCGCAAGCAUCACCUAACCAGGCGACCUCUCAAUCCGCAACUCUCUCAUCACCCCCGUCUUCCGCUCCGAUGUCCACUCAAGCCUCGCAACAACCGACGGUAGGUACGGCGAAUUCGUUUCCGACGCCGGCCAGCAGCGUGAGCGGGCACUUCACGGAGAAGCCAAUGGGCUCGGCAGCUCCAGACACAGGUGCGCAAGCAGCGAAUAUGAAUGCCGCGGCCAUACAGCAGGCGCAACACAGACGGACAGAUCAUGACCGGCAUACAGAAGGUAUAAAUAUGGAAGUUGGAGUCCGCGAUUUUGCUGCGAACAACGGAGGCGACGCUAUGGAUAUCGAUAUGGCAAAGUCUGUUGCUCGGAUGGAUCCUGUAACGGGCGAGAAGAUCAACAGGCUCAGGAAGUCUUAUGAAGGAAAACUGAAGGGCUUGGGACUCGCAGGGAGGAACAAGCCAGUGAAGACUGAGCCUGGUGCGCCCGGCAGCCUUAGGCACAUGACCAUGUGGCCAGAGGAAGAAUGGCAAAACCAGAAGGUGUUCGGGAAGGAGAUCAAGGUAGCGGACAUGGACUCUGCGCUGCAUAACUUGCAGAUGAGGGCCAUGAAAAUGGAGCCGGGCACGGUACCGAACAAUGAGUAUUGGGAAGAUGUGCUGGGCCACGAGAAGCCAUCUAAGCACGCCGGUGGCGACGCCAGCAAAAAGGGCGUCGCACCCCCUCCCAAUGGAGUCCGGAUUUCCCAACCGAAUGGAACCCCAGCGCCUGUUUCAGACCAAGAGCGAGCCCGGCCUAGCAGGGGACGUAAACGGCAUUACGACGACAACAGCUUUGUUGGAUACGGCGAAGGUUACGCAGACGACGAUGACGAUGGGGCAUUUUAUUCAAACAGUGAAGGCAUGGGAAAGAAAAAACGGAAGAAGGACCACGUUUCGAAGAUAUCUACCCCUCUACCUGACCGAGGUGGAAGUUACGGGGUUGACCCCACGAAAGUCUCCAACACCGACAUCCCUUACGAACUACACUACGCCGAGAAAAUGACCAGCUACCUAUACAAACACACCCCGGACCCCUCCCCGACCCUCCAGCUCGCUAUCCGCGCCCAGCAUCUCAAGCGCUGGGAGGUACCCCGCAGUACUUACCCCGAUGGUAAAGUAGGGUAUUAUUCCUGGCGGACGGCGGUGGCGCGUCGCCAGGCUGAGAUAGCGGUGCAGGUGUGUCUGGAGAGUGGAAUUGGAGAAGCGGAAGCGGAGCGCGUGGGUCGGUUGAUUCGCAAGGAAGGGUUGAAGGGAGGGGAGGAUGCGGAGGCACAGAUUUUGGAGGAUGUGGCAUGUUUGGUGUUUUUGGAUGAUCAAUUUGAAAAGUUCAAAGAAAACUAUGAGAGGAAGAAGGUGGUGGAGAUCUUGAGAAAGACCUGGGGAAAGAUGUCGGAACGGGGGAGGGGUUUGGCAUUGGAGUUGCAGAUGGGGGAAGAAGCAAAUGAUUUGGUCAAGGAGGCUUUGAUGGGUUAGAUUCCGGUUCAUAUCUAUUUGUUUUACAC